GAGCAAAGAAAGAACGCAGUGAUUUCAAAGUGGCAUUCUUUGUACCGUUAAAUUCAAAGUAAGAAUUAAACAGAAAGUUAAGUGCGACGAGACAGGUCUCAAUGAUCAUUGGAUUACUUUGUGUCGCGUGUGAACUCCACGGCUUGGACACAACUUGAGCAGUUGUAUUGAUCUUCCGGGGGAUUUUUCAAAGAAAAGAAAAUGUCUCGAAGCUUCCUAGUGGAUUCUUUAAUCGGCAACAACUCGCCGCCGUCGUAUCCGCUACCAUAUUAUGGGAAUCUGCCUAAUUACAUGUUCAGUUUUUUUAAUGUGGGUUUGGGAUACCAACCAAUCAGACCAGUGCCCAGACCACCCACUAUGCCUGUACCAAUCACUCCACCGACGCUGGGUGUUAUGCCGAUACCUAGACAGAGUCCUCCAUCACCUUUAAACAACUUGACAAGUAGACUACCAGACGUUUCAACACCCAGCGAGUCUCCGUCCCGCAAUAGUACCCCGACGCCUCCGCCAAAAUCCCCGAGCUCCAUUAGCAACAGCUCGAAGCGUAUCCGAACCGCGUUCACUAGCACUCAGCUGUUGGAGUUGGAGCGCGAGUUUGCCUCGAACAUGUACCUGUCACGACUACGUCGAAUUGAGAUCGCGACGAAUUUGCGGCUAUCGGAAAAACAGGUAAAGAUAUGGUUUCAGAAUCGCCGUGUGAAAUAUAAGAAGGAAGAUCUACCAUCUGGCCAAAGUCAGAAAUGCUGCUGCCUACGGACUUGUGGUAAACGCAAGGAUAAUUGCAGAGAGGAAUCGCCCGGCCGGAAGUGCGAUCAAGAUGAGGAUGAAAAAAGAUCGAUAAAGAGCGAGAGUGAUGAUGGCAAAUUCAGUCGUGGACUUGCCAUAAGUGAGCGUCUUGAGAGAUCGAUCGCGAAUGAAGACGUCGGUCCCGAAGAGAAGUUUGACUUCUCGAGAAUAAACUCCGUACAGGAAGAUCAGGUACUCGGAUACGAAGCGCGGGAUCUCUCUCGAGGUUGCAAGAGGAGUUUGGGGGCAAAUGAAGAGAACGACAAGAGAAGGAAGAUGGAGACGGUGGCAGAUUAUCAAACUCCGAAUCCGGAGGCGAUUACAACUCCAAUGUUCAGAAGUAUAACAUGCACAAAGCAUACUGUUGAGAGUAUCGUUAACUCAUAAAUUUGAAAAUCUACAUAAAUUUUCGAGGACUGUAAAGUAAUGUAAAGUUCAAACUCUCACGAUACCUUUACAAAUUGAACAAGUAGAUAAAUAAACAGAUAGCACUUUAAG